AAGCAUAAAAAUAGCAUUUUUGAGCUAAUUCUACGGUGGAAAAAUUCUGUCCCCAAAAACUAACCGCAGCAAAUUGACUCUUUCCCAAUUGAGGGAUAUCAAGAAUAUUUGAGAGAAAAUAGUGGGAGAGAGAAGUCGAGAGAAAUGGGUUGUUAUUAUUUUUCCCGUUUGAAUGAAGAUUUUGUGGCUGAUUAGCAGCAAAAAUCCAUCUUUCUUCCAAAUGGGUUCUUCUUCUUCUCCACUCAUUUGCAUUAAAUGGGUCUGAAUUUUCGUAGGACAAUAUGGCUUCUUCUCAGGUAGAAUUUGCCUCCUCCUCGCCUUUUGGCUGUGCCCUCAGGAGGGAUCAUAGCCACCGGACUCGAUGCACCGCCGUGCCCUUCAAGAACAAUCUCAAUGACCUGGUUAGUACCUGUAUUUCUGAUGAUAAUUCGAACCCUCGUCAUCAUAUUGAUUAUACUGAUUUAUGGGUUCAUCAACCCCAAUGGCAAACCGCCCCCUCCAGCGUUUCUGCUUCUCCUGAUAAUAAUGUUAUUAUCAGAAAGAAUAAUGAUGAAAUUAAUAAGAAAAAUGAAAAUGAUCACGGGAAGAUUAAGGCCAAUGAUGAAGAUAAAUGGGCGAGAGCUAGAGAAAUGGUCUUUGCUGGUGAUAGAAAGAGCCGUGGUCGUGUCUCUUCGGGUGCUUGUUCCGUAUUUAAAAGGGAGAAUUCCCCAACGCAAUCUGAACCUCCGGUCGAGAUUCCUAAUUUACGCGGUGUCUCUUCCCUGGUUCAGAAAUGGAGGGAUUUCGAGGCCGAGGCCAAGUGCUUGCAGAGUAAUUCGCCUCUCUGUAGCACUAGGAGCAAUUCGAGCACCACUUUGGCAGAGAAUGUUUCGUGCAUUGAUGUCCCUUCGCGACAUUCUGAUGUUUGUGAUGAAAGACCUGUCACUAAUGAGGAAACAUUUGAGGAUUGGGAAUCGGAUAGAAUGGCGUCCAGUGGACCGCCUUCUUCGAUGGGAAGAGAUUCUGAUGCCACAGAAAGGGAGAGGCUCAGGGUCGUGGAUAUCAUUAGAAAGCUGACAUCUAGUACUGAAGAUAAUAAUGAACGGGAGCAUAUUGCCAGUUGCGAAUCGUCGCCUCUUGUUAGAACGUCAUUGGAUCAAUCAGAACAGAGUUGUUUUUCCUCUGUUUUGAGUUCACCACGCAUUAGAGGGCGUGGUGCAUUUAACAAUUUGCUUGCGCAAAUGGAAAGCGAGAGACACAAGGAGCUUGAAGGACUUGUAGCACGUAAAGCAGUUUCCAAGUUCUCACAGCGAGGCCGCAUUCAGGCUCUGCUCCGGGUUAGAUUUCUUCGCCGUGGACUUGAAGCCAAAGAGGGUCGACAAGUAAACAACACAUCAUUUGAAUUCAAAAAAUUUACACAAUCUGCCAUUACACAUAUCAGGGAACGGUUCAAAUCAGGUGUUCAAAAUCGUGCAAUUGACUCAAAGAACUCUCAGAGAGAGGUCGUAAAUAAUGCUGCAUCAGUAGAAAAUAUGUUGAAUCAACCAGGUACACAGAAUCAGCAUCAAGAAACCAAUAAAUCCUUAAUUCCCGAUAAAGUAUUAGAAGAUCACAUCCUAGAUGUGGAAACCUCUUCAACAAGUCAAGAAACAAGUGGUUCCAUAAUUUCCCGUAAAGUAAUAGCGGAUCACAUACUAGAAGAAGAAACCUCUUCAACAACCAAACGGCAUGAAGUUGAACUCAUUUCUCAUUGUGUCAACGAAAAUAUUCAACAAAGCAGUCUCCAAGCACAUGGGUCCGAUUCUGAACACCUCCAUCAGGAAGCAAGCCCGUUAUCAGAUAUUAUGUGGCCAGGGACAGGCUGCAAAGCCAACAAUCGUGACUUGGCUGCUUCUACAGAGGCAGAAGAACCCCUUAUCGAUGUUAACAAAAAUAAACAUGCAGAAGAAGAGACUUCAAAUCAACAGCUUACCAGAACCAAUCAUGACUUGAUUGAUGAUUGUGCUCAUCCAGAGGAUGAAUGGGAAGAACUACAUUCUGAUUAUCAGCAUCAAGAAGAAAAUAAUACAGACUGGAUAAGUGAUAUAUCACGCCCACGUAGUGAUUGGGAAGAUCUCAGGCAAGCAAGAUACUGUGAGAUGCUUGAUCCUUUCUUGGAGAAUAAAGACAUACCCGUGCUUCUUGAAAGAAGAAGUGUGUCGACUUUUCUUUCCAGUGGUCUGAGAGACCGCAUUGACCAAUUGAUGAUGUCUCGAACUCAGCAGCCACAACUGAAUGUGAAGAACAAUCUGAUGGAGGAAAGAAGACAAGAACAAGUGAUAGAGGAGGAAGAUAAAGGUGAGGAUGGUGUGGCUGCAUUGGAAGAAGAAGAAGAAGAAGAAGAGGAUGAGGAAGAUGAAGAAAGGUCUUAUAGUGAUUAUUACAAUGAAUAUGAAGAUGAGAGCGAUAUUGGGCAACAAUAUAAUGAUUGCAUAGAUCAAUCUGAAUCCUCAGAACCACAUUCAUGGCUCCACAAUCAAGGUCAUGAAAUUAGCGAUGACUCUUAUCGGGCUGCAUCUCCAUCUGAGCAACCAUCUUUAUCGUCAAAUACGUACUCCCUGGAUAAUCGUCAUCUCUCUUCCUUUACUAACCACCAUACAAUUGAAAUGGAUCUCAUAAAUGACUUGAGAGAACAAAUGGAGCAACUCCACCAAGAGAUGUCUGAACUCCGAAGAUCAAUAAAGAGCUGUGUCAAUAUGCAGGUUAAAUUACAACAUUCCAUCAAGCAAGAUGCUGCCGCUCUAAGUCAUUCAGAUCGAAAGAAAAGAAAAGAUUCAACAAACAAAGGCCCAAGCAAAGGAAGAUGCAGUAUUUGCUGCGAAAUGCAAGUUGAUUCUGUUUUGUACAGAUGUGGGCAUAUGUGCACCUGUUUCAAGUGUGCUCAUGAGUUGCAGUGGAAUAGCGGAAAAUGUCCAUUGUGUGGAGCUCAAAUACUGGAUGUUGUGUGCAUACGUGCUCGAUGAACCCAAUGUUGCCCUACUGAACUGACCUUAAAUAUAAAAUUUGACCAAAGAUAACUUGAGGAACAAUAAUGUCCUAAUUGAGUUUAAUUUUUCUUCAUUAGAUUUCUCGCCAUUUUAGUUUUACGUUAUUUUUGUUGCUGGAAUUUAUCAUAUCAAAUUUCCAGUUUGUUUAGCAGAUUGAUUUGAUUCUCCAUCAGUCUAAUUGAUUAUUUAGUGCUGACACAAGAAUCAUGGGUGAAUCCAUUGCUCUUCUAACAAAUGGACCCAUCUUUGUAAAUCUGAUUAAGAUGCUAAGGUCAUAAGACAUUUCAAAGAUCAA